UGUUUCUCUCUCUUAUUUUUAAAUAAAUAAGUCUAACACCACAAAUAACCCUACAAUUAAUCCCAACCCACAAAACAACAAAUUCAAACUCCCUACCAAACUCUUUAAAAGGCCCCAAUCUCCCCCAAUAACAAAUCAUCUCACAAUGGCUUCUCUUCUUCUCUUUCUCCUCCUUGUGGUCUUCACUCUCCCAUCGGCCUCCCUCGCCGUCACGAAAGCUGAAGUUUCGUAUCUCAUUGGUCGUCAACUUUUGGCUCUAAGAGAACACGAUGAUCUCCCAGAUAACUAUAAAUAUGAUGCUGAAAUUGAUCCCCAUGAAACUUUCAUAAAUGAGAGGUUGAAGAAGGCUUUUGUUGCCCUCAAAGCUUGGAAAUCCGCCAUAUAUUCUGACCCAUAUAACUUCACUGAAAAUUGGGUUGGCAAUGAUGUCUGUCUUUAUAGGGGCGUUUUUUGUACUACGGCGCUUGAUGACUCCACCGUUGAGGUUGUGGCUGGCAUUGAUUUGAACCAUGCCGACAUUGCAGGCUACUUGCCACCCGAGCUUGGACUCUUGACAGAUUUGGCAUUAUUCCAUAUCAACUCUAAUAGGUUUUGUGGGAUAAUUCCUCGUAGCUUUUCUAAGCUCACUCUCAUGUUUGAGUUCGAUGUCAGUAACAACCGGUUCGUUGGCCAUUUUCCAGAGGUUGUCUUUCAUUGGCGUAUCGCUAAGUUCCUCGAUCUUAGGUUCAACGACUUUGAAGGAGAAGUCCCACCGGCACUCUUCACUAUGACCUUCGACGCCAUAUUCUUAAACAACAAUAGAUUUAGUUCCUUCAUCCCGGAUACCAUUGGAAACUCCACUGUAUCCCUUGUGUCCUUUGCGUACAACUACUUCCAUGGCUGCAUUCCUAGUUCGGUCGGCCAAAUGAGCAGCCUCAACCAGGUUCUCUUUAUCGGCAACAAACUCCAUGGCUGUCUUCCAGUCGAGAUCGGAAAGCUUGUCAAUCUAACGGUGCUUGAUAUCAGCAAUAAUAGCUUUCCUGGCUGGUUGCCUGCGUUAUCGGGGCUCAAGAAUUUGCAGUAUUUGGACGUUAGUUACAAUGAAUUUAGAGGCUCUGUUUCUGGGGAGAUAUGCAAAUUGCCCCAUUUGGGAAACUUUAAUUUCUCCUUUAAUUAUUUUGAUAAGCAAGAUGCAGAGUGUGUGGCACCUAAAGAUUCAAAAAAGGUUUUUGAUGAUGUCCAUAAUUGCUUACUUAAUCGCCCGGAGCAAAGAGAUGCUGAGACUUGUAGCUCUUUUAUGAUGAAAUCGGUGGAGUGUAGAAAUUGUGGUGAAGAUCCUACUACAAGGUCUCCGGUGGUGGUUCGUACACCGCUACCAACUCCAGAAUCUCAUCAUCCAGUUCCAUCCUCACCUCAUCAUCAUCACACAGGUGCACCCCCUGCUCCCCAAGUCGAGACUCAGGCGGGCGCACCCCCUGCUCCCCAAGUCGAGACUCAGGCCGAGACUCAGGCGGGCGCACCCCCUGCUCCCCAGGUCGAGACUCAGGCGGGCGCACCCCCUGCUCCCCAGGUCGAGACUCAGGCGGGCGCACCCCCUGCACCCCAGGUCGAGACUCAGGCGAGCGCACCCUCUGCCUCCCAAGUUGAAGCUCCGUCCCAAGUUGAAGCUCCAUCGGGCGGACCCCCUGCCCCCCAGGUUGAGACUCAGGCGGGCACACCCCCUGCCCCCCAGGUUGAGACUCAGGCGGUCGAGGCUCCAUCGGGCGCACCCCCUGUCACUCAAGAGGCUCCAUCGGGCGCACCCCAUAUUUCCGAACCCCCUGUUUCCCAAGUUGAGGCUCCAUCGGGCGCACCCCCUGUCACUCAAGAGGCUCCAUCGGGCGCACCCCAUAUUUCCGAACCCCCUGUCUCCCAAGUUGAGGCUCCAUCGGGUGCACCCCCUACCUCCAAAGUUGAGGCUCCAUCGGGCACACCCCAUAUUUCCGAACCCCCUGUCUCCCAAGUUGAGGCUCCAUCGGGCGCACCCCCUGUCACCCAAGUUGGAGCUCCAUCGGGCGCACCCCCUGUCACCCAAGUUGGAGCUCCAUCGGUUGAGGCUCCAUCGGGNCCCCCAGCGUCACAAGUUGAGGCUCCAUCGGGCGGACCCCCAGCGUCCCAAGUUGAGGCUCCAUCGGGCGGACCCCCAGCGUCCCAAGUUGAGGCUCCAUCGGGCGGACCCCCAGCGUCUCAAGUUGAGGCUCCAUCGGGCGGACCCCCAGCGUCCAAGGUUGAGGCUCCAUCGGGCGGACCCCCAGCGUCGCAAGUUGAGGCUCCAUCGGGCGGACCCCCAGCGUCGCAAGUUGAGGCUCCAUCGGGCGGACCCCCAGCCUCCAAGGUUGAGGCUCCAUCGGGCGGACCCCCAGCGUCGCAAGUUGAGGCUCCAUCGGGCGGACCCCCAGCGUCGCAAGUUGAGGCUCCAUCGGGCGGACCCCCAGCGUCGCAAGUUGAGGCUCCAUCGGGCGGACCCCCAGCGUCACAAGUUGAGGCUCCACCCGUCUACUCUCCCCCGCCUCCGACCGCGUCUCCACCGCCACCCGUCUACUCUCCCCCGCCUCCGACCGCGUCUCCACCGCCACCCGUCUACUCUCCCCCGCCUCCGACCGCGUCUCCACCGCCACCCGUCUACUCUCCCCCGCCUCCGACCGCGUCUCCACCGCCACCCGUCUACUCUCCCCCGCCUCCGACCGCGUCUCCACCGCCACCCGUCUACUCUCCCCCGCCUCCGACCGCGUCUCCACCGCCACCCGUCUACUCUCCCCCGCCUCCGACCGCGUCUCCACCGCCACCCGUCUACUCUCCCCCGCCUCCGACCGCGUCUCCACCGCCACCCGUCUACUCUCCCCCGCCUCCGACCGCGUCUCCACCGCCACCCGUCUACUCUCCCCCGCCUCCGACCGCGUCUCCACCGCCACCCGUCUACUCUCCCCCGCCUCCGACCGCGUCUCCACCGCCACCCGUCUACUCUCCCCCGCCUCCGACCGCGUCUCCACCGCCACCCGUCUACUCUCCCCCGCCUCCGACCGCGUCUCCACCGCCACCCGUCUACUCUCCCCCGCCUCCGACCGCGUCUCCACCGCCACCCGUCUACUCUCCCCCGCCUCCGACCGCGUCUCCACCGCCACCCGUCUACUCUCCCCCGCCUCCGACCGCGUCUCCACCGCCACCCGUCUACUCUCCCCCGCCUCCGACCGCGUCUCCACCGCCACCCGUCUACUCUCCCCCGCCUCCGACCGCGUCUCCACCGCCACCCGUCUACUCUCCCCCGCCUCCGACCGCGUCUCCACCGCCACCCGUCUACUCUCCCCCGCCUCCGACCGCGUCUCCACCGCCACCCGUCUACUCUCCCCCGCCUCCGACCGCGUCUCCACCGCCACCCGUCUACUCUCCCCCGCCUCCGACCGCGUCUCCACCGCCACCCGUCUACUCUCCCCCGCCUCCGACCGCGUCUCCACCGCCACCCGUCUACUCUCCCCCGCCUCCGACCGCGUCUCCACCGCCACCCGUCUACUCUCCCCCGCCUCCGACCGCGUCUCCACCGCCACCCGUCUACUCUCCCCCGCCUCCGACCGCGUCUCCACCGCCACCCGUCUACUCUCCCCCGCCUCCGACCGCGUCUCCACCGCCACCCGUCUACUCUCCCCCGCCUCCGACCGCGUCUCCACCGCCACCCGUCUACUCUCCCCCGCCUCCGACCGCGUCUCCACCGCCACCCGUCUACUCUCCCCCGCCUCCGACCGCGUCUCCACCGCCACCCGUCUACUCUCCCCCGCCUCCGACCGCGUCUCCACCGCCACCCGUCUACUCUCCCCCGCCUCCGACCGCGUCUCCACCGCCACCCGUCUACUCUCCCCCGCCUCCGACCGCGUCUCCACCGCCACCCGUCUACUCUCCCCCGCCUCCGACCGCGUCUCCACCGCCACCCGUCUACUCUCCCCCGCCUCCGACCGCGUCUCCACCGCCACCCGUCUACUCUCCCCCGCCUCCGACCGCGUCUCCACCGCCACCCGUCUACUCUCCCCCGCCUCCGACCGCGUCUCCACCGCCACCCGUCUACUCUCCCCCGCCUCCGACCGCGUCUCCACCGCCACCCGUCUACUCUCCCCCGCCUCCGACCGCGUCUCCACCGCCACCCGUCUACUCUCCCCCGCCUCCGACCGCGUCUCCACCGCCACCCGUCUACUCUCCCCCGCCUCCGACCGCGUCUCCACCGCCACCCGUCUACUCUCCCCCGCCUCCGACCGCGUCUCCACCGCCACCCGUCUACUCUCCCCCGCCUCCGACCGCGUCUCCACCGCCACCCGUCUACUCUCCCCCGCCUCCGACCGCGUCUCCACCGCCACCCGUCUACUCUCCCCCGCCUCCGACCGCGUCUCCACCGCCACCCGUCUACUCUCCCCCGCCUCCGACCGCGUCUCCACCGCCACCCGUCUACUCUCCCCCGCCUCCGACCGCGUCUCCACCGCCACCCGUCUACUCUCCCCCGCCUCCGACCGCGUCUCCACCGCCACCCGUCUACUCUCCCCCGCCUCCGACCGCGUCUCCACCGCCACCCGUCUACUCUCCCCCGCCUCCGACCGCGUCUCCACCGCCACCCGUCUACUCUCCCCCGCCUCCGACCGCGUCUCCACCGCCACCCGUCUACUCUCCCCCGCCUCCGACCGCGUCUCCACCGCCACCCGUCUACUCUCCCCCGCCUCCGACCGCGUCUCCACCGCCACCCGUCUACUCUCCCCCGCCUCCGACCGCGUCUCCACCGCCACCCGUCUACUCUCCCCCGCCUCCGACCGCGUCUCCACCGCCACCCGUCUACUCUCCCCCGCCUCCGACCGCGUCUCCACCGCCACCCGUCUACUCUCCCCCGCCUCCGACCGCGUCUCCACCGCCACCCGUCUACUCUCCCCCGCCUCCGACCGCGUCUCCACCGCCACCCGUCUACUCUCCCCCGCCUCCGACCGCGUCUCCACCGCCACCCGUCUACUCUCCCCCGCCUCCGACCGCGUCUCCACCGCCACCCGUCUACUCUCCCCCGCCUCCGACCGCGUCUCCACCGCCACCCGUCUACUCUCCCCCGCCUCCGACCGCGUCUCCACCGCCACCCGUCUACUCUCCCCCGCCUCCGACCGCGUCUCCACCGCCACCCGUCUACUCUCCCCCGCCUCCGACCGCGUCUCCACCGCCACCCGUCUACUCUCCCCCGCCUCCGACCGCGUCUCCACCGCCACCCGUCUACUCUCCCCCGCCUCCGACCGCGUCUCCACCGCCACCCGUCUACUCUCCCCCGCCUCCGACCGCGUCUCCACCGCCACCCGUCUACUCUCCCCCGCCUCCGACCGCGUCUCCACCGCCACCCGUCUACUCUCCCCCGCCUCCGACCGCGUCUCCACCGCCACCCGUCUACUCUCCCCCGCCUCCGACCGCGUCUCCACCGCCACCCGUCUACUCUCCCCCGCCUCCGACCGCGUCUCCACCGCCACCCGUCUACUCUCCCCCGCCUCCGACCGCGUCUCCACCGCCACCCGUCUACUCUCCCCCGCCUCCGACCGCGUCUCCACCGCCACCCGUCUACUCUCCCCCGCCUCCGACCGCGUCUCCACCGCCACCCGUCUACUCUCCCCCGCCUCCGACCGCGUCUCCACCGCCACCCGUCUACUCUCCCCCGCCUCCGACCGCGUCUCCACCGCCACCCGUCUACUCUCCCCCGCCUCCGACCGCGUCUCCACCGCCACCCGUCUACUCUCCCCCGCCUCCGACCGCGUCUCCACCGCCACCCGUCUACUCUCCCCCACCUCCGACUGCCUCUCCACCCCCUCCGACUGCCUCUCCACCCCCUCCGACCGCGUCUCCACCACCGGCAUUCGAUGAUCUCAUCCUACCACCAAAUAUUGGUUUCCAAUAUGCAUCUCCACCACCACCACAGUUUCCCGGAUAUUGAGUAGUCUCGUCUUUAUUCGUAUUAUUUCUUGAUAUUUUUUCAUAGCUUCUU